AUGACUAAUUUCAGCAACACUAAUUACGAAUAUUUAACGGAGAAUGAAAGACAGAUUUUACAACAAUGCCCUUAUCGAUUAACUCUUUCGAUUGACGAAUUAACAAAAUCAGCCGUAAAAAGACACUACGAUUUUGAUAAACCACCACGACCACAAAACAGCUGGAUAAUUUUUCGCAGGAAUUACGCAGCGUAUUUACGCUUAUGGGAUCGAGAUUCCAAAUCAAAAAUUACUGAAACAGCAAAGGAAUGCAGUUUAAAGUGGCAAAAACUAUCAAGCGAAGUUAAGAAUUUCUUCAAAGUAUUGGCAAAAAUAGCUUGUGAGAAUCAUAAGCUUGUAUAUCCUAAUUAUAAAUAUAAGCCAAAAAGUGCUAGAAAUUCAAGUGGUAAAGAAUUUAUUUUUCGAGAACAGAAAAAGUAUCCUACUUCGCCAGCUAACUCUAACCCUACAAUAACUUCCAAUUCACCUCAAAAACCAAUCAACGGAUCACAAUCUUCAACGUCAGCAAUCUCGACAGCACCCGACAAUAAUCAAGACUAUACUAAUAAUUUUACGACAACCAUCUAUAAUCAUAAUAAUGGCCUUGCAACUAUUCAUCAAGACUAUACCGAUGCUAAUGAUCUAACUCGAAAUUCGAUCAACAACUCGUUCAAUGAAUUGGAUAAUCAACUUCCUAUUUUAUUCGAUUUUUCCUUUGUAUAG